UGGUUAAAAUGAUUUUCAUCAGGAGUGCAAAGGAAAAAUUCAAAUUAUUCAUAUGUAAUGGAUAACAGAGGUAAAGCUGUGUGCAAAAUUCUUUAGGCGCUAAUGUCAAAAGCCAUGCAGCCAUUAAUUUAGCAGGAUGGGCAGGUUGGAUUCCAACAUUGCUCCUAAAUAUCCAACAGGUCUGCUGUCCCUUUUUCCUUUCUUGCAGAGUGGAACCGUUAUAAAAACAAGUGCUUCAUUUUCAAAGGGCAAAAAAAUGAUCUUAAAGGUAACUGGUCAUUUGCCCGGAGUUGGUGCCAAGAACAAGGUGCAGAUUUAGCAGUUAUUGAUGAAAGCUACGAGAACAGCUUUGUGGCUAGUUACCUGAGGGACCUGGAGUUCCCUGCGUGGAUCGGAAUGUCAGACAUUGUGCACGAGAACGAGUUCGCCUGGGCUAAUGGAAACCCGGUGCUCUACACCAACUGGGCUGAGAAAGAGCCCAACAAUGCAGGCGAUGGGGAGCACUGUGUGGUGAUGACUCACAACCAUUUAGUGACGGGAAGGUGGAACGAUGACGCCUGUCACAUGAACAGAAGCUUCGUCUGCUACAAGAUAAAAUCAAGCAGUAUCACGCCACCACCGACACAGAAUCCAUGCCAAGAAGGCUACACACCGUGGUACCAGAACUGCUACAAGCUAGUGGAGGAACCAGCGACUUGGGAAGAGGCUCAAAAGGCCUGCAUGAAGGAGCGAGCCAAUCUGGCCAGCAUAGACACGAGUUAUGAGCAGGCCUACGUAUCUUUAAUGGUGCUGAAGGGCAACGCUGAUGUCUGGAUUGGUCUGAGUCGCAAGGACAACACGACUUACACGUGGUCGGAUGGCUGGCCAGUUCUUUUCACGGAGUGGGGACCAGGAGAACCGAGCAACGAAGUGGAUGAGGGCUGUGUCACUAUGCGCGGUCACCUAUUAGCUCACGGGACCUGGAACGACACAGAGUGCAACCAACUUAAAAACUACAUCUGCAAGACCACCACAGAGACACCUCCACCGACUCCUGCCCCUGGUAAUGGGAAAUGUCUGAAAAGCUUCGUCCCAUACGGCCAGUACUGUUACCAUGUGUACAAUGGCAUGGUUGGCUAUUCAUGGCCGAAUUCUAGACACAAGUGCUCAGUGUUGGAUGCAGAGCUGGCAUCUGUCCACAGCAGAGCUGAGGUGGAGUUUAUCAGAAACCUCGACAAAACCAAGGAUCACAACCUCUGGAUUGGCCUCACCAGGGACAACUACUUUGCCUGGGGUUGGACAGACGAGACGUCUGUGGGCUUUGUGAACUGGGCUGCCGGGGAACCCAGUCUGUCCUAUCACCCUGGAGAAGCACCUGAGAAGUGUGUGGAGAUGUACCAUGAUGGCAAAUGGAACGACAAUGACUGCUUGCAGGAGAGAGGCUUUGUGUGCCGUCGCCGCCAGGAUCACACAACAGAUGAGACACCCAUCACUGUGCCAACUGUUCAUCCUCCUGUAAUCAGUAAGUAUGAAGUGUCAAAAUCAGUAGGGUUGGUGUAA